AUGAAUUCUCAAGUUACUUCGCCGUCGGAUACGAGUCAUUUAAAGGCGUCAUGUGAAAUAUUCCAAAUGACUAUCAAACAGUACCAUCCCUCCCUUCAGGAAGCGGUGGAGCGCUGCAUUCAUGAACUGCUCUCCCGCGGGUGCAAACUGGGGCUUCACCUUCGAAAGCAACUAAACUGCCGAGUCUUGGAGCUCAGGAGUCUCGGCCCUGACGAAGUGGAUCUCGUCUGCAGCAAGAAAUUUUCACCAUUGGAUCUGAGAGAGCCCAUGGCAGAGCGGGCGCUGGCCAAUCGUUCGCGACGCGGUAAGGUCGAUUGGAUUGAGGUGACCAAGAUUUUUGAGCAUGGCAUGCAGCUUUGGUUAUACAGUGAACUGGGUAUCUCACCCGCUGGAUACAAAACGCUUCGCCUGUCUUUGAGCCAAGCCAUGUCUUUGAAGUCUGCCAACUCGCGACAGGGUAAGCGUCACGAGUGGUGGGGCGUAUUUUGGGAUCUACUGCAGCAAUACCUGGAAGACGAGAAAAAGGUCCCACCCACCGGCAAUGCCGAUGUUUCCAAUGUGAGUGGGAUUCCUCAAGGCCGCCGUGAUCUUUGGCGGGGCAUCAUGCCCGUGCUCAAAACAAUCAAGGCGGAGCGUCAGCAAGUUUUGAGUGCCGUUGCGCGGGGGCGUGAAGCAAGCAAUCUGCGCAGUGCUAAUGCCGAGGCUAUUGCUGCCUCGGCUCUCAGUGCAUGUGGCCUCCUGCCUCCAUUGGGUGAAUCGUCUCUCCCUCAACCUGAUUCGAGCCAACAGGCUCAGAGCACACCGGCGCGAAGUGAGGGGGGCGUGGUGGCUGAAGAUCAGCCCGAUGAUGGGCAGACCGCUUUGAAUGCGUUUUCGGGGCCUGAGGCCGAUAUCAGUCUCGUGCCCUCCCCGGCCGGACAUGGGAGUCAAUCCCCCAGCGGGCAAACUGCGGGCAUCGAUUUGUCUAUUACUGCCCAUGUACCACCAGCAGCAGCUCAGGAUGAGGAUCAAACCCAAAACGCGAUCUCUACCCGGCCUGCAUUUGACAGUCAAGCAAUCACUGAACCAGAUGUGUUUUUACCGCCAAUUGCUUCGAUGUCUCAGAUCGUGCAGCACACCCUGAGAAAUCUUAUUGGCCAUUCGGGGCCCUCGCCUCCUGAUGGAUCAAGAGAGCGGGCGCGGCUUGAUGAUGAGAUUGCAACUAUAAAAAGCGAGAUGUCGGAGAUAUCUUCUGCUAUUCAGGACGAUGCUACUCACGUUCGCGACACGCUGAAAAAGUUUGAAGGCGAGCUCACGCACGUUCAUGACAAGAUCGCCAAUCUUGAGACCAUGCUAGGUGGCAUGCAGGCCCUUUUGCAGCAGGCGAUCCGUCGACCCUCCGAUGGAGACAGCCCCUCACUGGCCACAACGGCAAAACGGGCCUCUGAUGAUGCCUCGCAUCCCGAACUGCGAGUCACACGCGCACGAGCUUCACGGCGAUAG